AUGUCUGCUGCCAACGAUAAACUUCCAGACAUUCUACAGGAUGCUGUUUUGAAAGCCUCUGUUCCAGUUCCAGAUGACUUUGUUCAGGUCAAAGGUAUUGAUUACUCCGCUGCAACUGCCACAGACAUGAGAGCCUCUGAUCUUGUCAACUCUAUGAAGACCAUGGGUUUUCAAGCUAGCUCCUUGGGCAAAGCUUGUGAUAUCAUUGAUGAAAUGAGAUCAUGGAGAGGUAAGCACAUUGAUGAGCUUGAUGAGCAUGACAGAAAAGGUCAAUUCGACGACGCUGGCUACCAAAAGACCACUGUCUUUAUGGGUUACACUUCCAAUUUGAUUAGUUCUGGUCUACGUGAAACCUUGAGAUAUCUUGUGCAGCAUAAGAUGGUUGAUGCUCUUGUUGCUACUGCCGGUGGUAUCGAAGAAGAUAUCAUUAAGUGUUUGGCACCAACAUAUUUGGGUGAAUUCUCCUUGGAAGGUAAAUCCCUUCGUGACCAAGGUAUGAACCGUAUCGGUAAUCUAUUGGUUCCAAACGACAACUACUGUAAGUUUGAAGAAUGGAUCGUUCCAAUCUUCGACAAGAUGUUAGAGGAGCAAGAAGAAUAUGUGGCCAAGCACGGUAAGGAUUGUUUGGAUGCUAACACUGAUGUCGAUUCUCCAAUCUGGACUCCUUCGAAACUGAUUGACCGUCUUGGUAAGGAGAUCAAUGACGAAUCCUCUGUUCUAUACUGGGCUCACAAGAAUAAGAUUCCAAUCUUCUGCCCAGCCAUUACUGAUGGUUCCAUUGGUGACAUGCUGUUCUUCCACACUUUCAAGGCUUCUCCAAAGCAAAUCAGACUGGAUAUUGUCGCUGAUAUCAGAAAAAUCAACUCCAUGUCUAUGGAAGCUUCAAAAGCUGGUAUGAUUAUUCUGGGUGGUGGUUUGAUCAAGCAUCAUAUUGCCAACGCUUGUCUAAUGAGAAAUGGUGCUGACUAUGCAGUUUAUAUCAACACUGGUCAAGAGUUUGACGGUUCUGAUGCUGGUGCAAGACCCGAUGAAGCUGUUUCUUGGGGUAAAAUUAAGGCAGAAGCUAAGUCUGUGAAGAUUUAUGCUGAUGUUACUAUUGUUUUCCCAUUGAUCGUUGCUGCCACGUUCGCCAAUGGUAAGCCUCUACCAAAGAACUAA